UUAUCCAAAAUUCUAUUACAUGACAUCCACCGUCAUCUCUAUUCGCCGGCCAUCUCCUACAAUUUUCGUCCGUCCAUCCGGUGCUUCGUGUUUUCCUUUCUUAUAUUGGACCUUAAUGUAAGCGAAUGGUUCUUCUGUUUUUCGAUAAGCUGGGGUGGAAGAGAGCCCGUGAGAUUGUUAUUCUUUAAAUUUCUGCAGAAGAGAGAAAAAUGGUUUGAUUUCUGUGUUAAGGUUAAUUUGUGUUUCGCUUCCUUCUUCGAGGUUUACUUACAGGAUUUUAGUAAUCGUUUGAUAAAUCUCUGAAACAUAAUUUCAUUAUUUUUACCAUUGGUUUAAUCACAUUGAUCUAAAUAUUAAUGAAGAGACUCUUACAAUGUUUGUAACAAUGGUAGACUGAUUAUGUAUGGUGAUAUCUCACCCUUCAAUUCGCUUGAAGACAAGUUCCUGUUAUGACGAAGUUCUAUUCUCUUUACAAAAUAUUUGAGGGUUUGAAUGGGAGCUGCAAUUCAAACCAGUCCAUGGAUAUCCACUUGGCACAGAUUGGUCUCCUUCGCAAUUUUUUUAUUACUCCUUAGGUUGACUGAAGAUUACUGAUUGCAUCCAUUGAUAUUAUAUCCGUUCGCCGAACGAUUUAGUUGUUACAUGAUAAAGGUGAAGCUGCAUACUUCUGUUUGUAUUUGUUUAUUGUUCGGAAUUUCAUUGAUAUUCUACCCUACAUUUGGCUCUUUCCUUGAUGGCAUUUCACACUCUAGUAAGGUUGGAAGACAUAUUAUGGAAUCCUAUUAUGAAAAACACGAAAGUUUUAUUGAUUCACUUUUUGAUGAUUUCCUGACACAAGAUCUUCCCGUCAACAUAUGCGAAGUUUUACCAUGCGAUCUAAAUACGGUGCUAAGUCUCUCAAUUCGGUCAAGGAUCAAGGGUGACGGUUCUCACCGUCAACUUUCAUCGACCAUCAAGUUCAACAUCGAAAAAUCCCUGUCUCAGGUUCUCACACACCGCUUAUUUAGUGAUGUAGCUGUUUUUGGAGAUACAAAUUUGGAAUUGCCUUCAGUCCUCUCCAACAUCUCUGUUAUCGAGGUUCACAAGGACAUUGGUCUCAAUACCUUGUCACACAACAAGAAUCUGCUUGAUUUCACCGUUGAUCUGCCUUUACAUUCACGAUAUCCACGAUUGGAUGAAAGUGGUUACGUGAAAGUUAGAUUGAAGGCUCCAGACUUGUUUUUGCAGUGUAGUAUACAGGAAAAACCAGACAAUAGGAGCUGUUUUUUUAAGUUGGAAACUGAUGAUGAAGAGGCAGAUCUUACAUGGUCGAUACCAGCAGGUAAACGAUCUGAUGCUGGAAUUGUUACCGCUGUUACUUUUGUUUCUGCUUUCUUAUCAGUACUAUGCAUUGUAUUUCUACACAACUUAGACAACCCAAAAUUUUGAAGCAAUGUUAACCGAUUCGACAA